AUAAAAAUAAAAUGUUGUCACAAUUGAGAAGGAUGGCGGUUGUAAUCACAUGGUCUGUCGUAACCAGAACUGUAAAGCAGAGUUUUGCUGGGUGUGUCUUGGCCCUUGGGAACCACAUGGAUCUGCCUGGUACAACUGUAACCGCUAUAACGAGGAUGACGCAAAGGCAGCCAGAGACGCACAGGAGCGCUCCCGGGCAGCCCUGCAGAGGUACUUGUUCUACUGCAACCGCUACAUGAACCACAUGCAGAGCCUGCGCUUCGAGCACAAGCUGUACGCGCAGGUGAAGCAGAAGAUGGAGGAGAUGCAGCAGCACAACAUGUCCUGGAUCGAGGUGCAGUUCCUGAAGAAAGCCGUCGACGUGCUCUGCCAGUGCCGCGCCACACUCAUGUACACCUACGUCUUCGCUUUCUACCUCAAAAAGAACAACCAGUCCAUUAUCUUUGAGAAUAACCAAGCUGAUCUAGAGAAUGCCACAGAGGUGCUUUCGGGCUACCUUGAACGAGAUAUUUCCCAAGAUUCUCUCCAGGAUAUAAAAAAGAAAGUCCAAGAUAAGUACAGGUACUGUGAGAGUCGACGAAGGGUCUUGUUGCAGCACGUGCACGAAGGCUACGAGAAAGAUCUGUGGGAGUACAUUGAGGACUGAGUGCCCUGCAUAAAGUGAGCUCUGAAACCCUGCCAUCUAGAGUGCUCCUGCGGCUCAAACAAACACAAAACAAACACAAGCAAGGAGGCGCUAGGCCUGCUCUGACACCGCUGGUCUGUAGGACCAGAGUUCUGUUUUGUUAACGGAAAGUUUAAGUAAAUUAUAUUGUAAUAAAAAAAAAGGUAGAUAAACCA